CCACUUUCGUGUUCUGUCUUACGCCAAGUCCAGAUUCAUAGACGGCUGCUAAAGACUUUCCUCUGUUCUUCUAAUUAUGUGAAUCGAAUCCCCUAAAAACAAUGAGCAGUAACGAAUUUCGCUUCUUCUUGUCCUGCGACAUCAAUCUCCCCGUCACCUUUCGCGUCGAGAGAUUAGAAGGGACUUUGCCGUCCGCCAAAUCCCCCAAUUCAGGAAUUGAUUCCACUAGAGAGGAGAAGAAUGCGGAGUUAUAUGUGGAGUGUGCAUUAUACAUUGAUGGUGCUCCUUUUGGUCUUCCCACAAGAACAAGGUUGGAAUCUGCAGGACCAUCUUAUUCCUGGAAUGAACUGAUCACCUUGAGUACCAAAUAUCGGGACUUAACUGCUCACUCCCAACUUGGUUUGACAGUUUGGGACGUUUCGCGUGGAAAAGAUGAAGGGUUGAUUGGUGGGGCUACCAUCCUUCUAUUUAACAACAAAAUGCAACUCAAAACAGGGAAACAGAAACUUAGGCUCUGGCUAGGAAAAGAAGCAGAUGGUUCAUUUCCCACAAUGACUCCUGGAAAGGUACCCAAGCAUGAGCGUGGGGAGUUGGAGCGUUUAGAGAAGCUUGUGAAUAAGUAUGAAAGGGGACAGAUUCAACAUGUUGAUUGGCUGGAUCGUCUCACAUUCAAGGCUAUGGAGAGAAUUAAGGAGCAUGAAAGCUUGAGAAAUGGGAGCUCUAGUUUAUACUUAGUCAUUGAUUUCUGUAGUUUUGAACAUCGAGUUGUCUUCCAGGAGUCAGGGGCAAAUUUCUUAUUACCGUCCCCAAUAGCAUCAUCAAAUGAACUUGUCAUUGUUUGGGACCCAGAAGUGGGCAGGAUAAAUCCAGCUGAACACAAGCAACUAAAGUUGGCUAGGAGUUUAACUCGGGGUAUCAUAGACAGGGACCUUAAGCCAAGCUCUAAUGAACGGAAGAUAAUCCAAAGAAUUUUAAAAUAUCCACCUACAAGGGCUUUAAGUGGAGAUGAGAGACAGCUACUUUGGAAAUUUCGCUUCUCAUUGAUGUCUGAGAAGAGAGCGCUAACAAAAUUUCUUAGAUGUGUUGAAUGGAGUGAUGUCCAGGAAGCAAAGCAGGCAAUUGAACUGAUGGGUAAGUGGGAAAUGAUUGAUGUCAGCGAUGCAUUGGAGCUUCUAUCCCCUCUUUUUGAAAGUGAAGAGGUUCGUGCAUAUGCUGUCAGUGUUCUUGAAAGAGCUGAUGAUGAGGAGCUGCAGUGCUACUUACUUCAACUAGUUCAGGCACUUCGAUUUGAACGCUCUGAUAAAUCUCGCCUUUCUCAAUUCCUUAUACAACGUUCUUUACGUGAUAUUGAGUUAGCCAGUUUUCUUCGCUGGUAUGUUGCAGUGGAACUUCAUGAUCCUGACUAUGCCAAACGAUUUUAUUCUACCUAUGAGUUCCUAGAAGAGAAUAUGAUGCAGUUGACAGCUGGGGUGAAUGGAGAAGAUGGAUUCAAGAUGUGGCAGAGUUUGGUACGCCAGACAGAAUUGACUGCCCAGUUAUGUUCUAUAAUGAGAGAUGUGAGGAAUGUACGAGGCAAUACACAGAAGAAAAUUGAAAAGCUCAGACAGCUUCUAUCUGGCAUUCUUAGUGAACUUACCUAUUUUGAUGAGCCAACAAGAUCACCACUCGCUCCAAGUGUCCUUAUAACUGGAAUUAUGCCUUCAGAGUCUUCAAUAUUCAAAAGUGCACUACAUCCAUUACGUCUGACUUUUCGAACAGCUAAUGGUGGAACUUGCAAGAUAAUAUUUAAGAAGGGUGAUGACCUUCGGCAAGACCAAUUGGUUGUUCAAAUGGUAUCACUUAUGGAUAGGUUGCUAAAGUUGGAGAAUCUUGAUCUGCACCUAACUCCAUAUAAGGUGCUUGCAACUGGGCAAGAUGAGGGCAUGUUGGAAUUUAUACCAUCCCGUUCUUUAGCACAGAUACUGUCAGAGCAUCGUAGCAUAAUUAGCUAUCUGCAGAAGUUUCAUCCUGAUGACCAUGGACCAUUUGGGAUUACAGCCACGUGUCUUGAAACAUUUAUAAAAAGCUGUGCUGGCUAUUCUGUUAUCACAUAUAUUCUGGGUAUUGGAGACAGACACCUAGAUAAUCUUCUCCUCCGAGAUGAUGGUCGUUUAUUCCAUGUUGAUUUUGGUUUUAUUCUUGGCCGAGAUCCCAAGCCAUUUCCACCACCAAUGAAGCUUUGCAAAGAAAUGGUUGAAGCCAUGGGUGGAGCUGAAAGCCAAUAUUAUACAAGGUUCAAAUCCUAUUGUUGUGAAGCUUACAACAUCAUCCGCAAAUCUAGUAACCUUAUUUUAAAUCUUUUCCAUUUAAUGGCUGGUUCAAACAUUCCAGACAUAGCUUCUGAUCCAGAAAAAGGCAUCCUGAAGGUGGCUUUGUUCUGCUUGUAAUUUCAUGAUUCUGCUCAGACUUUUUCUUUUGUUUCUUUGUUAUGACCAAGAUUCUGUUGAUGCUACAGCUUCAGGAGAAAUUUAGGUUGGACUUGGAUGAUGAGGCCUGCAUACACUUUUUCCAGGAUCUAAUUAAUGAGAGCGUUAGUGCCUUGUUCCCUCAAAUGGUUGAGACCAUUCAUCGGUGGGCUCAAUACUGGCGCUAAUCCCCAUCAACAGAUUGGGGCUGUUCACACCUUUGUAAAUAGGCAGAUCGGCAGGUAGUGUCAAUGAUGAAAGAGACUCAGGAUGCAAAAGCAAAAUCUGCUUGCAUUACAAGCUGUAGAUUACUUUAUAUAAAUUAUUUUCCAGGCUUUACUUUUUCAUAUACAUAUGGUCCAUCAGAUCAGAUCACAAGAGUGUAGCAAAUAACUUUAUCUAAUGUUAUAUUGCAUGGCUUUUGUUAAACUUGCUGCAUGGAUGAUGUGCAGGAGGUGAUGAGCCUCAUGUGCCUAAUUGUGCUGAAACUUCAUGUGCUCCUCCUGGAGACAUGGACCGGUUUCAGAUUGUCAAAUUAUAUAUUACUCUGCUUAUAGCUUCCUCUUUUAAUAAAUUUGCAUAUCAAAA